UGCGGCGUCGCUGCUGCACGCCUGCACCGGCGGUUGCAACACCCUCCCCCCUUCAUUCUCGGCUUCUCGCUCGUUGCCGUCUUGCCGCUAGCCUGUCUCACCUCGCGGCCGGCAGCCUUGCGCGACGCGCCGCGCUCUUUCACAUUCAAAAUUAUUCGCAAUCGCAACCAUUGCAAAAACUCUCUGUGCAAUAAAAUACUUAAUAUUUCGAUGCGUUCACAAUUAGUUUUAAAACAGAGAGGUAGUUAAAAGUUAACAAAGAAAUUAAGUGCCUUUUAAACUUUGAAUGCACUCCUCGUUGCAUGUCCCGCGCGCGUCGUUAUGAGAACCCCGUACUGGCGGUCACGUUGACGUCGCGCCGCCAUAUCUGUCUCGGCCACCAACUAGCAAAAUUAAUAGGCUCAAAAAUAGUGUCACUUCACUACAAGAAUGCAAUGACACACGCAUUCGCUUUUUGAAAUUUCACCUUCACCCGGAUGGAAUGAGGAGUGCACAAUCCCAUUGUUUCACAGUUUCAUAUGUUUGAACAUCAUUUGUUUUUUUGUUUUUCGGACGAUUAGAGCGUUAUCAUUUUCUUCCAAAAUUACAAAAAUUACGAAAUAAAGAAUGGCGGAGGGCAAUGGAGAAAUACCCAUUGAAGAGGUACCUGGGAAGGACUCCGAUGUUGGCCGGACACCAGAUUACCGCAAACUCAUUGACUAUGGCUUGGAUCCUAAGGUAGCAGCCAAGCUCGACGACAUUUAUAAGACUGGAAAGCUAGCGCACGCCGAACUGGAUGAACGUGCGUUAGAUGCCUUAAAAGAAUUUCCAUCCGACGGUGCUUUAAGUGUUCUUGGACAAUUUUUAGAUUCAAAUCUCGAGCAUGUAUCUAAUAAAAGUGCUUAUUUAUGUGGAGUCAUGAAGACCUAUAGACAGAAAAGCAGGGCGGGCGUGCAAGGUGCGCCCGCGUUGUCUUCCACUGUUCAGGUGAAGGGCCCUGACGAAGAGAAGAUCAAACAAAUAUUGGCCCGGACCGGGUACACGUUAGAUGUUACCACAGGUCAACGCAAGUAUGGUGGGCCGCCGCCCGGGUGGGAGGGCGGUACGCCGGGCGCCGGCUGCGAGGUGUUCUGCGGGAAGAUCCCCAAGGAUAUGUACGAGGACGAGCUCAUCCCGCUGUUCGAGCGCUGCGGCACCAUCUGGGACCUGCGCCUCAUGAUGGACCCCAUGACGGGCACCAACCGCGGCUACGCCUUCGUGACGUUCACGACGCGCGAGGCCACGCAGCGAGCCGUGCAAGAGCUGAAUGAUUAUGAAAUUCGAAAGGGGAAAAAGAUUGGCGUAACAGUUUCCUUUAACAAUCACCGGUUAUUCGUGGGGAAUAUCCCUAAGAAUCGAGAUCGGGACGAUUUGUUUGAGGAGUUUACUAGGCACGCACCUGGGCUCGUCGAAGUUAUAAUAUAUAGUUCGCCCGAUGACAAGAAGAAAAAUAGAGGAUUUUGUUUUUUGGAAUACGAGUCUCACAAAGCGGCGUCACUAGCUAAACGCAGACUGGGAACAGGUAGAAUAAAGCAGGUAUGGGGCUGUGAUAUAAUAGUGGACUGGGCGGACCCCCAAGAGGAACCUGACGAGCAAACUAUGAGCAAAGUGAAGGUACUGUACGCACGCAACCUGACGCAAGAGAUAACGGAAGACGCGCUGAAGGAAGAGUUCGAGCGCUACGGCACGGUGGAACGCGUCAAGAAGAUUAAGGACUACGCCUUCGUGCAUUUUGAGGACCGGGACUGUGCAGUAAAGGCAAUGCAAGAGCUAGACGGCAAGGAGAUGGGCGGCGCGCGGCUGGAGGUGUCGCUGGCCAAGCCGCCGUCCGACAAGAAGAAGAAGGAGGAGAUCCUGCGAGCCCGCGAGCGUCGCAUGAUGCAGAUGAUCCACGGCCGCGGCGGAUUCGAUUGGUGCAGCUGCUCGCCGGUGCUGCGCGGCCGGACCCCGCAGCCGCAGCCGCGCCCGCCCCAGGCGCGCGGCGACUACGAUUAUGAUUACGACUAUUACGGGUACGGUGAUUACCGAGGUGGCUACAAUGAGCCAUUUUACCGGUACGAUGAGUUCUAUUUUGAUUACGCGGGGCCACCGCAACCGUCCGCCGUCCGCCAGCCUCCCAACAGACCGCAACCGGACGACGAGCUCGGGCUCGGGCCCAACUCGCUUUACUACGAUCUAACCGGAGGCAUUCAGGCUGGGUCAUGUGGGACGGGCGGGCGAUGGGCGCGGCGCGCGGCGGCGGCGCCGGCCCCCGCGGCUGGGGCCCGUGGUGGUGCGCGCCGCGUCGCGCGUGGCCGCCGCACGCCCAGCGCCAUGCGUGGCAAUCCCCGCGCCAAGCCAAGUUUACCAGGUAAACGUAAACACGACGGGGGCCACCAGAACGUCGGGGGGGAGUGCAAGCGGCGGGUGGGCGCGGGCGGGUGCGGCGCGGGCGCGGGCUGGGGCGGCGGCGCGCUGGCGCAGCAGCCGCUGGCCAGCUAGCGCGGGGCGCGGGGAGGGCGCGGGACGGGGCGGGCGGCGCGGCCGGCCGGCCCCCGCAUGGGAGGCACUACAAGCUGCGCGGGGGAGCGACUCGGCCGCUGCGUACGCGCGCUCGCGGCCCGCGGAUACGUUCACGUCCGGUCCUCGCUGCGUGCCGAGAGGAUCGCUCUACUUUUUUCUAUAUAUGUGUUUUUUUAUUUGAUUUUCGAGUUUUCGAUUUUGUAUCGCAUCGAUCCGAAAAAAUCUUAAAGUAGGACGUUAUGAAAUGUUUCGAUUGUAAGUUUCCCGUUAUGCUUAUGUUUUUCACUGUCGUAUUAGCCGUAUAUAUAUUUAAUAUAUACUUUAUUUGAGGGGAGCGCGCGGCCGCGGUUGCCUGUUUGCGACCGUGCGCUCGGGUCGCGGACCCGUCGACUGUCUGUUUUUUUUUAAUACAUGUUAUUCGAUAUAUUUUAUUCCUGUGAACGCAUUUUGCGAUGUGAUGUGUAUUUUAGCAGUAAUUAUUAUAUUGUAAGGAGUUUGACUGUUGUUUUUUGACAUACUUACAACUUAGGAUACUUCAAUCGACGACUAGCGAUUACGGCUAAAAUAAAACCACCCCCUGUACUCGAACAUUUCCCGACUGUGUUCCUGCUUUAGUUUUUUUGCUUUAUUUUUAUUACAUAUUUCCCUUAAAAUACAUUAGUGUGAGGCAGUAGUAUUGUAAAGUUCAGGAUUUCUGUAAUGUUUAUUAUUGCUGUACUAAACUUUUUUUGUAUUCGACCACAUAGCAUGUCCAUACUGUUAGAACUCGACUUGUAUCAAUCUUGUAUCAGUUUAAUAUGUGGAAUAAAUUUGCAAAACUGUGUUUGCCUUAUUA